AAAAAAACCACUAGAUUUUCUACUUGUUCAAUUAAUUUUCCUCAUUGUUCUUUCAAACUCAAACCUUGUUUUUAACUUGUUUUUGUUUCCUUAAAAUUUUUUAAUUUUAUUAUUUUCUGAUUAUUCUUCGCCAUCUUUCUUCAAUGCAACUUGGAUCUAAUAAUAAUAAUUUUUUUCCCCCUUUCAUGCAAAAAAAACUCCAUGAUCGUCACCUUCUUUUUCAAAUCAAUACCCUAGCCCAAAAAUUUCCCCAAUUUUCGUCUUCUUCAUCUUUCUUUCAUUGUCCUCAGAUCGAGAGGGAACAACAACAACAAGAUGAACGAUUUUCAAGGUUUAUUGUCCAGCGAUUAUGGCUUUAAACCUCAAGGUAAAGCUGCUCCAAUGGCAUCUUCUAAAUCGACUUCUAUUUCUUCAAAUUCAAAGUCAAAUUCAACAUUUAAUUUCGAGAUCGGAGGUACCAAAUCGUCUUCUUCUUCUUCUUCUUCUUCUUUUAUCGAUGAUCAUGAAACCCCAUUUCGUUCUAAUCGCAAAACGAAUUCAAAUGAUUUUGCCGAUUUAGGUGAUGUUUUUUUUAGUAAAAAGGUUGAUAAUAAUAAUAAUUCUUCAAAGGUUAAUAAUUCGGUGAAUUUUGACUCCAUUUUUGGUGGUGAUGGAGGUGGUGGUGGAGGAGGUGAUUCUGGGCCGAGGUUUUCGUCAUUGCCUGUUUUUGAUAAGCCGGUUUGUGAUGAUGAUAUUUCGAGCUCCAUGACGUAUGAUGAUAUAUUUUCCUCUUCCACUACAAGGAAGGGGGAUGCAUUUGAUGAUCUUUUAGGAGGGUUAGGGAAUAAGGAGCAGCAGUCGUUGAGGUCAGUAGGGACAGGUUCGGUGUCGAAGGGGAAUGAAAAGGGUAAUAUUCCUAGUUUUGAUGAUUUGUUGCCAGGCUUUGGUAGUGGAAGUGCCACUUCUUCUAGCAGGAUUUCAUCAGAUGCUAGUAGAAUGGCUUCAAGUGUAAUAGAUGAUCCUUUUGUUGUCCUAGACUCAAGUUCAACUUCGGUGUCAUCUACCUCUGGGACCUUUGUUGAUCCUUUUGAGGAGUUUGGUAAUUUUAACAGGUCUGGGAGAAAAACAGCUGAAAAUUCAAGUAGGGGAGUCUUUGAUGAUUUGGAUCCCCUUGGUGGCUUUGGAAAUUCUGGGCCUACAUUUUCAGCUGAGACCAAGGUGGAAGAAAAGAAUACAAAUGCUUUUGGGACAGAAUCCACAGUUUAUGGAAGAAAAACUUCAGUUGGUGAUGAUGCAAGCCAAAAGUCUUCUGUAAGAAGCCCUGAAAUAGGUUUUGAGAAAAAGAUGCCGGCUGAGAAUCAAGCAGAACCCAGUAUCUUUGAGAUGCCUUCAGUGCGUGCAGAAACUAGUUGGUCUACACCACAUGUUUCGUUCCCUGUUCAUAGCAAUGCUAGCUUUAUGGAGUCAAACUCUCAUGGGUAUGUCUCUCCUAGUUCUGAGGAAAAUGUGGGAUCAUCCGAGGAUAUAUGGCUCACUGUAUCAGAAGUUCCUCUCUUUACACAACCUGCAGCUACUCCACCUCCUUCAAGACCACCACCUCCAAGACCAGCUCGUUUUUCUAGAGGGGAAUCUGGUUCUUUUCCUGCUUCAAAUGUGCACAAAAAAGUUAAUGAGUAUUCUACAUAUCCUGGUUCUGUAUCAAAUAUCCAGUCUCCAAAAUCAACUCCUUCUGGGGCAAAAGGAUCUUUUGCUUCUCCCAUUGAUGAGCUGGAGGAAUUUGCUAUGGGAGUGAAGCAAAGUGAUGUGGAUGCAAGCUCAAAUGUCCGAUCCAGUGAAGAUUAUGCCUCCAGUUCUGUCGCAGCUGCAUCUGCUGCAGCCAUGAAGCAAGCCAUGGAAAGAGCCGAAGCUAAAUUUAGGCAUGCAAAGGGAGUAAGAGAGAGAGAAAAUGCAAAGGCCUCUAGGAGCAGGGAAUCUAUGCAUGUUGAAAAGGAGGAGACUCCUGCAUUCAAGGCUUCUGAGAGAGAAUUUAAGGAAAAUCAAGAACGGCUAGAACGUGAACGGAAACAAAAGGAAAGGGAAGAGGAAGAAAGAAGACAAAGGGAGGAAGAGGAGAAAAGGCGUGUUGCGAAAGAGUCGGAGGAAAAAGAGAGAGAGAAGAGGAGAAUUGAGAGGGAAAGGGAGCUCGCCAGGCAGGCUGUUGAAAGGGUUGCAAAGGAAGCACGUGAAAGAGCAGCUAUUGAAGCUCGUAGCAGGGCUGAAAGGGUCGCUGUUCAGCGAGCACAAGCUGAAGCCCGAGAACGUGCUGAAAAGGCUGCAGUACAGAGGGCACAGGCUGAGGCACGAGAGAGGGCGGCUGCUGGGGCUAAGGAAAGAGCUGAAAAGGCUGCUUCUGAAGCAAGGGAAAAGGCGAAAGCUGAAGCGCGUGAGAGGGAAGCCAGGGAGAAAGAAGCACGUGAGAGAGAAGCCCGGGAGAAAGAAGCUCGUGAGAGAGCUGCCUCUGCGGUGAGAUUAAAUCAACAGAACAAUGAAAAUGAUCUUGAAUCAUCCUUUAACAUGGGCCGAGCCAGCAGUGCACCAAGGCCUAGGGCUGCUUCAUCGGAUCCAUUUGAAACUCAGUUUCAGAGUAAACCAGCUCCUCAAACAACCAGAACCUCUGUUAAUUCCUCCUCCAGCAUGAGAAAAGCAUCUUCUUCAACAAAUAUUGUAGACGAUCUAAGUUCAAUAUUUGGAGGUCCCUCAUCACCAAGUGAUUUUCAAGAAGUUGAAGGGGAAACCGAAGAAAGACGCCGUGCUCGAAUGGAACGACACCAAAGGACCCAAGAACGUGCUCAAAAGGCUUUGGCUGAGAAGAAUGCUCGAGAUCUUGAAGCUCAAAGGGAACAAUCCGAGAGACAUAGGAUUGCUGAAACACUUGAUGCUGAGAUUAAACGUUGGGCAGCGGGGAAAGAAGGAAACUUGCGUGCUCUCCUGUCAACACUGCAAUACGUUUUAUGGUCAGAGUGUGGCUGGCAGCCUGUUUCUUUGACCGACUUAAUUACUGGUGCAGCGGUCAAAAAGGUUUACAGAAAGGCUACAUUGUGCAUUCAUCCAGACAAAGUGCAGCAGAAGGGUGCCACUUUGCAGCAGAAAUAUGUUGCGGAGAAGGUGUUUGAUCUGUUGAAGGAAGCUUGGAACAAGUUGAAUUCAGAAGAGCUUUUUUAAGUUGGGUUUCUGGUUUGGCAUAUAUGUUCACUCCUUUUUGCAAGCUUGAGCUAUCGGGAAACCAUUGUCCUUUUUCAAUCUGGUUCAAGUUGCUGCUCAGUUGGCUUGGGUUUUUCAAUGUCCACGGUUAGUGACAUGGUUGAUAUUUGGCAAACGCCCUUGAGUCCAGCUGAGUUAAUUGAUGAUUAUUCAGGAGUAGUUCAUGAAGUGCAGGUAGAUGAUCUAGAAUAUCAUUUGUCUUGGUCAUCUUUGUCAAUUUUCAUAUUUAUAAGCAGAUGCCAUCCUUUUGUGUUGGAGCGUUUGUAUUGUAUCCAUUCUUUUUACACUUUUGAUAGUAUAUAUACGAGCCAAUCUCUUUGAUGCUGUAUUUAAUGGUAUUUGGGUAAUGAUAUGGUAUUUGAUGAAGGUAUUCAAUGUAUGAUUACAAAUAAUCAUGAUUUUUUUGAGGAUUGUGAAAUUUGAUUGACUAUGUGAAGAAAGAGAACCAUGUGUUGUUACUUAUGUAAUUCCAGCUUGGGAAAUUGUUGUAGCACCAUCUUGUAUCAUAAUUUUGUCUUGUGAUUGGUUCCUUUAAUUCGUUUCAGAUGAUUUUAAUAAUGAUUCAGUUCAUUAUUUUGCUUCAUGAGUUGAGUUAUUUUAUUAAGCUUGAUUUUGUGUUUGUACUUGCGAAUUCCUACAUAUUCAUUUUGGAGAAUGUUAUGUUUUGAUACAAUCCAUUAAUAUUUACAUUAGUGAAAGAAACGAAGAUCUAAUGCCAGAAUAACUGGCGAUAAACAAAGUAAAUGAUGGGAAAGUU